AUGGAGGGGGGGAAAGGGGCGGAGAAAGAAGCCGCGGGUAUUCAGGAGGCGGGGCCAGGAAACAGGCGCAGCGUCAGGGGCGGAGCCGGAGAGACGCCAUGGCUGGAGGCAGAGUCUGAGUUUGGGCUGCGCAGGCGCAGUUCCUCUCCCUCGGCGCGGCACGGGGCGGGGCGGCGGUUGUCUAGCCGGCUGUCGGUCGGACGGUCAGUUCGGGAGGCUUGGGGCAGCAGCGGCGGCAGCAGGGGCACCGGAGCUCGGGCGAUGGCGGCGCCCAGGUCAGAGUCGGCGGCGGCGGCGGCGGCGGCGGCGGGACCGUCCCCGCGGGGCGGCGGCGCGAGCAGGCUCGGCCGGGGCCGGUGGCGUUGGGGCCUGGCGGGCGCGAGUUGCGCGCUCCUGCUGCCGUUGCUGCUGCUGCUGUGCGCGCCCCCGAGCGUGGCCCAGAAGAAGAAGGAGAACCUCUUGGCUGAAAAGGUGGAGCAGUUGAUGGACUGGAGUGUGAGGCGCUCUGUUAUCCGGAUGAAUGGGGACAAGUUCCGGAGGUUUGUGAAGGCGCCCCCCCGGAACUACUCGGUAGUGGUGAUGUUCACGGCCCUGCAGCCGCAGAGACAGUGCUCCGUGUGCAGGCAAGCCAAUGAAGAGUACCAGGUGCUUGCAAACUCUUGGCGCUACUCCUCAGUCUUCUCCAACAAGCUCUUCUUCAGUGUUGUGGACUACGACGAGGGUGCAGAUGUUUUCCAACAGCUCAACAUGAACUCCGCGCCGACCUUCAUGCAUUUUCCUCCAAAGGGGAAACCCAAGCGUGCUGACACCUUUGACCUGCAGAGAAUUGGCUUUGCUGCAGAGCAGCUUGCCAAGUGGAUCGCUGACCGGACGGAUGUACACAUCCGAGUUUUCCGGCCCCCCAACUACUCAGGCACCAUUGCCUUGGCCCUGCUGAUCUCUCUUGUUGGAGGCCUGCUCUACUUGAGGAGGAACAAUUUGGAGUUCAUCUAUAACAAGACAGGCUGGGCCAUGGCUUCCCUGUGUGUGGUCUUUGCGAUGACAUCUGGACAAAUGUGGAAUCACAUCCGUGGCCCUCCAUAUGCUCAUAAGAACCCUCAGAAUGGACAAGUGAGCUACAUCCACGGGAGUAGCCAGGCUCAGUUUGUGGCCGAGUCCCACAUCAUUCUGCUGCUGAAUGCUGCCAUCACCAUGGGGAUGGUCCUCCUCAAUGAAGCUGCCACCUCCAAAGGGGACGUGGGCAAGAGAAGAAUCAUCUGCCUCGUAGGCCUGGGCCUGGUGGUGUUCUUCUUCAGCUUCCUGCUGUCCAUCUUCCGCUCCAAGUACCACGGGUACCCCUACAGUGCCUAGCCCAGUGCCUGGCCCCUCGCUUUUUAAUUAAAUGAAAUCCUUCAGGAUUUGCCCAAGAUGAAUGUUUACCAUGAAGAUAAACUGUACCUGAUCCUGAUACCAACAUUAUGUUCUUUAGAAUUUGGGUGGUUACUACAGUAACUGUGAUAAGUUAGACCCAUCUUGUUCCUAAUGAAUUGUGCAUUUUGCUAGUGAAAAUAACAGACCAUUUAAUUUGUGGAAAGACAUGCCGGAGGUAAACACCACCUUUACAAAGGACACAUCAGACAGUUGUUCGAGGGUAUUAUUUAUUUCCAGGAUGUGGUGCAGGAUUGAAGUAAAAUUCUUAGUCAAAGAAACCCACAUGUUCUUGCCAAUGUCCCAGACACAAGCUAUAUGCAUGAAAUUUGUGUCUAUGUGUAUGAAUUAGCCCUGUGCCUGUGAUAAAGUGAAUGAGCUCUC